GCGACCGUGUCCCGGAUAUGACGUAGCAGGGCUGACAGCGGACCGCCGCCGGUGCCCGCGUGUGCCUUUCGGAUUUGUUUUGGUGGAGCCAACAUGGCGGCCCCUCUCGAGGUGAUCGUGACCAGCGACUCCGGCUCGCAGCUGUGGAACAGCACCGUGUUCGACCUGCACAGCGGCUCCAGCCUGCUGUCCUACCGGGGAGGGAACAGCGCCGCGCGGACACUGACCGUCCUCAACGGCGAGUACCUGCUGUCCGCGCAGCUGGGCAAGAACUUCAUCAACAUGUGGGAGAUCCAGAGGAAGGACCAGCUGCAGCAGAAGAUGGUUUGUCAAGGUCUCGUCAACUGUGUGACCGCCUCACGCAACGGGCUUUUCCUCUUGGCCGGAGUGGCGGAGACUGUUUACCUGUGGGAGGUGUCCACAGGUAAGCUGCUGUCUGUCCUCAGUCGUCACUAUCAGGACAUCACCUGCCUGAUGUUCACGGACGACAGCAGCCAUUUUGUUUCUGGAGGAAAAGACAACCUCGCUGUGGUGUGGAGUAUCUCCAGUGUGAUCCAGCUGGAUUUAAGCCACACCCCUGAGCCGCGUCACGUCCUGUCCCGUCACUCUCUACCAAUCACAGACUUGCACUGCGGCCUUAUGGGAGCUCAGGCCAGAGUUGCCACCGCCUCCUUGGAUCAAACUGUCAAGGUGUGGGAGUUGUCCUCCGGCGAGCUGCUGCUGUCCGUCCUGUUUGAUGUGGAGAUCAUGUCCGUGACCUUUGACCCCUGCGAGUACUUCCUGUUCUGUGGAGGCAGUGACGGGAACAUCUUCCAGGUGUCUCUCUGCAGCCAGAGUCUCAGUCGGGACAAAACGUUCCAGUCGGACAACGACGGGAACCAGGUCUUCAAAGGACACAGGAACUUGGUGACGUGUCUGUCCGUGUCCAUGGACGGGACUCUCCUCCUCUCCGGUUCACACGAUGAGACGGCUCGUCUCUGGGACGUCCAGAGCAAACAGAGCAUUCGCUGCCUCGCCCACAAAGGUGCUUGCUGCUGGUGGGAGAGUCUCCUCGGACUAUCUGCAGUGUGUUGGCAUCUCUUCAGCCUCCGUCUGAUGAAUGGCUCCACGUUGGACCACUUUUGGACCAUUAGUGGGAUUCUAUCGGAGCCAAGCGGCCGAUCAAUAUUUGUAACUGAGCGGGAGAUAAUCAACCAGUUUCUAUUAAAGGAAUAUACUUUCAUUCUUCAGUGGAAAACUCUGCUUUUUAUCAAAGUGCUCUUAUCUAGAAGAAGAAUAGAAACUUGACAACAUCUUAAUCCUACUUAAAUCCCAGAGAGGACGUCCGUCCUCAUUUAGCGGCGCGUCUCCCUGUGAAUAAUUCAGAUCGUGUCGUCAUGGCGAUCGGAGCGGGCUUUCAUUGACCCGGGCGGAUGCUAAUUUGGGGGGCGCGUCCUCAGCCUUCAGCUCCGUUCAUGGUCUCAUUUCGUUGUCGCUCCACAUUUUUUCCCCCGCGAGUCUGAGCGCUAACGAGGCGGCUGCAGGUUGGCGGGGCGGUUGCCCCGCUCAAGGACACGCGGGCAGCAGACGUUUGACCUCUUUAAUGCGUGACGUUAAUGCUGACUCAAGAGAUCUUUUAGACAUUAACAACCGUCACACAACGUCCAGGUUUUUAACCAAAACACUGGUUUAUACUAUUUGAAUUGACUUCUGCAUUUAUUUUAUUAAAGCCCGCAAGAAUCUUUGCAUCUCUAAUUCAUCAAUAGGGACAUUUCCACUCUUGUACUCAGUCGCUACCUUAAUUAUUCUUUCCCGUAAACAACAGCCCUCCAGAUAAUAAAGCUGCGACGCUCCGGUGCUUUCACGGAUCCUGGUGGAUAUGUGGCGGUUCUGUUGAUUGAUGGUGAAAAGGUAAAGCUCUGCUCUGCAGCGCCGCGAAUCCAACCCGACGCGGCGCUUCCUGCCGCUGACACGCGCCUCCUCUGUUGUCCGGGUUUCAUUUAUUUUCACAUUUAAAGAUUGGUGUGAUAACUCUGUGGCUCCAGGCGAGGCUGAAUAAUUCAGAUUUCCUCUGUCGGGAGUCAGCAGGUAGUGCCUUGCUCGUGGUUUGACUCGUUCAUCAAGAUUCGUCUCACAUCGGCAAGAAUGUGGCGGGCGCGCGCGGCGGUCGCAGUCCAAAAAACGUGGCAUCAGAUGUGAGUCGACGCGCUGAAGUCGCAGCCGAUUGUCUUCCCAAUCAGACUGGGGUUUUUAUUUUGAAUCCUCGGCGGCGCCGCCGAUGAGCGCCGCUCCCUUCAGUCAUUACUGCGAACGGCUUCCUGUCGCCCGGCGUCAACGCGCCUCUUUGAUUUUUUUUAUUUUUUUUUUCCUCGGGGUAAUCUGAGGGAAAUUAAUUUGUUAAAGUCCCCAGACAGGAAGUCUGAGUGACAGCGCAGCCGAGGAAACAAGAAGUGGCAACGCCGCUA